AUGGUUGAAUUUUCAAUAAGUAAUGCUAGAUAUAAUUAUGUGCAUGAUCAGAAAUAUCCCUCUGAAGAUGUUGACAUACACCAUAUAGUUCUGAAGAGGAGUGGUGCAAAAUAUUAUUUUGUGUAUGCCUCAGCACUUCUUGUAUUAGCAUGUGGCUUUUAUCUGUAUGUUUUUGAGGAAAAAUCGAUUAGUCUUGUGUAUUACAGCUUGCUUUUUGACAUACUUCUUGUCAAGUUGUUACUUCAGAAGCCUGUUAAUAAAGAGUCUGUUGUGAUUAUGCCAGCUUUUGGUGUACAGCUUGAGACUCAUUAUACGAGUGGAAAAGUCAUCCGAUGCUUUGUUCCCAUUGACAAGAUUCUAAAACCUGUUUUAUUAGAAUGUGUGACUCCAGUGACUUGUUACUGGACUCUAUCCUUGAUUGUUCGUGAAGAAUCAGAAAUGGUGUUAGUUUUCAAGAACUUGCGACCGCCUGUUAAAAUGCUGGUCCAUGUCUGGAAGGCUUUGUGUGCGGCAACAGAUAAUAAAGAAGAGACUUGUACACAUACAGAGUGA